GUCACGCUCAAAGUUGGGCCAGAGCUCAAGAAAUUUAGGGUCCACAAAGCACUGCUCUUGAAACACUCUGAAUAUUUCCGCAAGGCGCUCAGGGGAUCAUGGACAGAGGCAAAAGAGGGAGUCGUCAAGAUCGACGAUAUUGAGCCCGCCGUCGGUAUGCUGCUCUCCCUCAACAUCUUUGUCCAUUGGCUCUACACGCAGAGCUUACCGAAGCCUUGCGACUACAAGGAAUGGUCAGGUUUUGGUGGUUCCGCAGUAACCGUGAACAAACUGAGGGCCUACAUCUUUGCCGACCGUUUCCAGAUUCCCAGCUUCGGGCAAGCCGUGCACAACAAUCUCGUCCAGGAAUUGCAGGAUCAAAGUCUCGCUAUCUGCGAAGAAUACAACCUGUCUCUCAUCACCGAAGCAUAUGACGGUCUGCCGACCGAGAGCCCGAUCCUACAGCUUCUCGUAGACACGCUUUGCGAGAAAAGGAAGGCAUGCGCCCAUCAAGGCCCUGAUGAUAUCAACAAGCUUCCUCCUGCUUUCCUCGCACGUGUGGUAAGAAAUAUGCUUCAUAGCCAGCACCAUCGGCAACAGAAACAAGUUGCAAUGAAGUACCGCUGUUACUACGAGCAUGCAACUGAAAUGAGCCUACGGGCUUGUAACACGAGAAAGACACACAUGAAGUUCAACCACGAGAAAGAAUUUGGCUUUUUUGGCUUGUGCGGAUAUUGUGAGGAGAGUAACACAAGUGAUUUCAAAUGCGACUUUGUCCAUUAG